AUGGCGGGGCGGCGGUGCGCGGGCGGGGCGGCCGCCUUGGCUGAGGCGCCGGGCUGCGGCGCAGCGGCGGAGCCGGCUCGGGAGCUCUUCGAGGCCUGCAGGAACGGGGACGUGGAGCGGGUCAAGCGGCUGGUGCGGCCCGAGAACGUGAAUAGCCGGGACACGGCGGGCAGGAAGUCCAGCCCGCUGCACUUCGCCGCAGGUUUUGGUCGGAAGGAUGUAGUUGAAUAUUUACUUCAAAGUGGUGCCAAUGUCCACGCACGAGAUGAUGGAGGCCUUAUUCCUCUUCACAACGCUUGCUCUUUUGGUCAUGCUGAAGUUGUCAAUCUUCUCUUACGGCAUGGUGCAGAUCCUAAUGCUCGGGAUAAUUGGAAUUACACUCCCCUUCAUGAAGCUGCCAUUAAGGGCAAGACAGAUGUCUGCAUUGUACUGCUGCAGCAUGGUGCUGAACCAACCAUCCGGAACACAGAUGGACGAACAGCUUUGGAUUUAGCAGACCCGUCUGCAAAAGCAGUGCUGACUGGUGAAUACAAGAAAGAUGAACUCUUAGAAAGUGCCAGGAGUGGAAAUGAAGAAAAGAUGAUGUCUCUUCUUACACCAUUAAAUGUUAACUGUCACGCAAGUGAUGGCAGAAAGUCUACUCCUUUACAUUUAGCAGCUGGGUAUAACCGUGUAAAAAUAGUACAGCUCUUACUGCAACAUGGGGCUGACGUACAUGCUAAGGAUAAAGGAGAUUUGGUGCCACUUCACAAUGCCUGUUCCUAUGGUCAUUAUGAAGUAACAGAGCUUCUAGUAAAGCAUGGAGCGUGUGUGAAUGCAGUGGAUCUGUGGCAAUUCACCCCUCUGCAUGAAGCAGCUUCUAAGAACAGGGUGGAAGUAUGUUCUCUUUUGUUAAGUUAUGGUGCUGACCCAACACUGUUGAACUGUCACAACAAAAGCACCAUUGAUUUGGCUCCAACACCCCAAUUAAAAGAACGAUUAGCAUAUGAAUUCAAAGGUCACUCACUGCUACAGGCUGCAAGAGAAUCAGAUGUAGCUCGUAUAAAGAAACAUCUUUCUUUGGAGACAGUGAACUUCAAACAUCCUCAAACACAUGAGACAGCAUUGCACUGUGCUGCUGCAUCUCCAUAUCCUAAGAGAAAACAAGUAUGUGAAUUGCUGCUGAGGAAAGGAGCCAACAUCAAUGAAAAAACAAAAGACUUCUUGACUCCUCUGCAUGUGGCAUCAGAAAAGGCUCAUAAUGAUGUUGUUGAAGUAGUUGUGAAACAUGAAGCUAAGGUUAAUGCGUUAGAUAAUCUUGGCCAGACCUCUCUUCAUAGAGCAGCACAUUGUGGCCAUCUUCAGACGUGCAGGUUGCUAUUGAGUUCUGGAUGUGAUCCUUCCAUUGUGUCUCUGCAGGGCUUUACAGCCUUACAAAUGGGGACUGAAAGUGUGCAACAGCUACUACAAGAAGGUAUCCCAUUAGGUAAUUCUGAUGCAGAUCGACAGUUGCUGGAGGCUGCAAAGGCUGGAGAUGUGGAUACUGUAAAAAAACUAUGUACAGUUCAAAGUGUGAACUGCAGAGAUAUUGAAGGACGUCAGUCUACACCACUUCAUUUUGCAGCUGGAUAUAAUAGAGUAUCCGUUGUCGAAUAUCUUCUUCAGCAUGGAGCUGAUGUGCAUGCAAAAGAUAAGGGAGGACUUGUCCCUUUACAUAAUGCUUGCUCAUAUGGUCACUAUGAAGUUGCAGAACUGCUGGUUAAACAUGGUGCAGUUGUCAAUGUAGCUGACUUGUGGAAAUUCACUCCCUUGCAUGAAGCUGCAGCAAAAGGAAAAUACGAGAUUUGCAAGCUCCUGUUACAGCAUGGAGCAGACCCUACAAAGAAAAACAGAGAUGGAAAUACUCCUCUAGACCUUGUUAAAGAUGGUGAUACUGAUAUUCAAGACCUACUUAGAGGAGAUGCAGCUCUGCUAGAUGCUGCAAAGAAAGGUUGUUUGGCCCGAGUGAAAAAGCUGUGUUCACCUGACAAUGUUAACUGUCGGGACACGCAAGGACGGCAUUCAACACCACUACAUUUAGCAGCUGGUUACAACAAUUUGGAGGUUGCAGAGUACCUGUUACAGCAUGGAGCAGAUGUGAAUGCACAGGAUAAAGGAGGUUUGAUUCCUCUGCAUAAUGCGGCAUCUUAUGGGCACGUUGAUGUAGCAGCUUUACUUAUAAAGUAUAAUGCAUGUGUGAAUGCUACGGACAAAUGGGCUUUCACACCUCUGCAUGAAGCAGCCCAGAAAGGAAGGACACAGCUUUGUGCCUUGUUACUGGCACAUGGGGCUGAUCCUACUCUGAAAAACCAAGAAGGACAAACGCCAUUGGACCUGGUCACUGCAGAUGAUGUCAGCGCAUUAUUGACAGCAGCAAUGCCUCCUUCUGCCUUACCAACUUGCUACAAACCUCAGGUUAUAAGUGUGUCUCAGACUACAGGUUCUACAGCUGAUUCCCUGUCUUCUGUUCCAUCCAGUCCAUCCAGUCUGUCUGCUGCAAGUAGCCUUGACAACUUGUCUGGUAGUUUUUCUGAACUUCCUUCUGUUGUUGGUACAAACAGCGCAGAGGGAGCUACUGUUCUGGAGAAAAAAGAAGUUUCAGGUGUAGAUUUCAGCAUAAAUCAGUUUGUGCGGAACCUUGGCCUUGAACAUCUAAUUGACAUAUUUGAGAGAGAGCAGAUAACACUGGAUGUAUUGGUUGAAAUGGGACACAAAGAAUUGAAGGAAAUCGGAAUUAAUGCUUAUGGCCAUAGGCAUAAAAUCAUUAAAGGAGUUGAAAGACUCAUUUCUGGACAGCAAGGACUUAACCCAUACCUGACUCUAAAUACUUCUGGUAGUGGAACUAUUCUCAUUGAUCUUUCCACUGAAGAUAAGGAAUUUCAAUCAGUAGAAGAAGAGAUGCAGAGUACUGUCCGAGAGCAUAGAGAUGGAGGACAUGCUGGCGGAGUCUUCAAUAGAUACAACAUCUUAAAGAUUCAGAAAGUGUGCAACAAAAAACUAUGGGAAAGAUAUACUCACAGGAGGAAAGAGGUCUCUGAAGAGAAUCAUAACCAUGCUAAUGAAAGGAUGCUGUUUCAUGGUUCCCCAUUUGUGAAUGCAAUCAUUCACAAAGGCUUUGAUGAGAGACAUGCCUAUAUAGGCGGCAUGUUUGGAGCUGGGAUUUAUUUUGCUGAAAAUUCUUCCAAAAGCAAUCAAUAUGUGUAUGGAAUUGGAGGUGGCACUGGAUGUCCAAUUCACAAAGAUAGAUCUUGUUAUGUUUGCCACAGGCAAUUGCUGUUUUGUCGUGUAACACUGGGCAAGUCUUUCCUGCAGUUCAGUGCUAUGAAAAUGGCUCAUUCUCCCCCAGGACAUCACUCGGUCACUGGGCGACCCAGUGUAAAUGGAUUGGCAUUGGCAGAAUAUGUCAUUUACAGAGGGGAGCAGGCUUAUCCAGAAUACUUGAUUACUUACCAGAUUAUGAAACCUGAAGCCACUGCUGAAGCUUAAGACAAAUUACUUGUGGGAAACCAUCAGACUUCGGAUGCAAAGAUACCAAUGGCUGCCAUCCUGUUAAUUACGACGAGUUGUUGAAAAACUUUCAUCCACAGGUGGUGUGGUAGCAAAUGUGAACAAAAUAUACCAUUUUUGACUUGAUAAAGCUUUAAUAAUGUACAGUAUGUUUUUCUAAAAUUUCAGAAAUGUCCUCUUUUUCAGCACUUUAACAGAUACCAUUCCAGGCAUGAACUGGGGUUUGGCUGUACUAAAUUAUAAACAAAAAUUAACUUGAAACAAUGGUUUUAUACAAUACUGCAUUGAAAUUAGCAGAAAUUGUAAUGCUCUAUACAGGAACUCAUUUUACUAAUAUUGUGUUCUUUAAAACACUGCAUUUACACUGAAAAUGUUUUCAUUUGUAAAACUGUAAAUAAGAGCUUUUGUACUAGCCUGGUAUUUAUUUACAUUGCUUUGUAAUAUAAGUGUUUUAGAACUGCAACCUUGUACAAAAUGUUUUUUCCAGAUGUUGGUUUGUUCAUCUGUGUUUUCUCAUGCACGAUAGAUUUGAAAAGUGAAUUUUUUUUCAGGGUUUAUCACUUAUUUGUGAGGGAGAAAGCAAAUUUUAUCUGAAGAGGUUUAGAAAUAUCCAACUUUAGAUUGAAUACGCAAAUUUUUGUUCUGUAUUUUUAUUUAUGAAAUAUACAUUCCUGAGAAUGAUGGGCUAUGAAAAUAGAAUGUUCCAGCUGAAUACUAAAGUGUUUUUCCACCUACUUCCUAGAGUUGCAUAUUUUAUUUCUGUAAAAUGUCUUCUGAAUUUUUUUAUUUAACUAUAAGUGUAGUUAACCUGUAUCCUCACUUCAAGGCUAGUAGACCUUGCAAGUUACAGUUUUAGUAAAUUAUUUUCUUUGAAUGUAGUUGGAAAAUUAACCUCAAGGAGGUCUUUCUUGAGUUCCUCUUGCUUACAUUUAAGCCGGGAAGUUAAAUAGUUUAUUCCUAAUAUGAGGGCAACAACUUGGCCUUUUUUGUAUGCUUAAUUUGGUAAAUUAAUCUACCUGUUGGUGCCCUCAGGAUAUGAGUAUUGCGAGGUGGAAAUGUUAAAAACCAUCCUGUCAUCUCCUGUGUUUCUUCCAUGUUAAUGUUCAAGCUGUAGUUGAAGCAGGUGUGUAGAAGUGCGUUUAUCUGCAGUGCUUUUGGCUGAGUGGAACUGGUCGGGGUGCAAGGUUCUGCUCCCUGUGCUCGGCCGGCUGGGCGAGGAGUGUGUAAGUGGGAUGAGCAGCUCUUCCGUGGCAGCAGCUGCCUUCAGUAGCCCUGAUGAGACCACUUGGGUAGAGGAAGAGUACAAAAGGUACAAGCCCUUGUUCGAGUCUCAUUCAGGGUUACUGAAUGCCCCAGUCAGUUCAGUCAGCCCUAUCGUAGCUCUCUUGUGUAUUCUGCUUCUCUUCUGUCUGCAGUUUUUACCUACAUAUUUCAAAAAUAUGUAAAUACAAAUUAUAGUUCAUUUGGGGUUAAAGUGAUAGGAGUAUAUUUUAGUUGUUUUAUAUUUCUACAUACAGGACACUGUCCCAGAAGACAAUUUGUUUGCAGGGCAUGUUAUCAUACCAUGGUUUUAAAUGUAGUAACUGGUCAAGAUAAUGAAAUCGUCUUGCUGAUGUGGUGGUUAUGUGAUUAUGCUCUAUGUAAAAAUGUAUUGAACCUUACCCAGUUAUGUGGGGAAUCCGAAGAAUAAGAUUGCAUAACUCUUGCAGAAAGUCAUAUUGGCUAUGAAUAAAAAAGGCUUUGAUUUUUAGGUACUUUCUCCCAGCAUGUUGCCUGUUCCUUAGGUAUAGUAAUGCUGGAAUUGGUGUUCAUGCAAAAUCUGUUAAGUAUGUUUAAAACUUUUUUGUUAUUGCUAAAAUGCUUCAUCCUCUAUGAAUGAUCACUUAAUGUCUUGUAAAAUAUUGUGGUAUGAUAGCAUUUUAAGUGGUACCACAAUGUUGGCUUUGUCUGUCUGGGGAUUUUUUUGAGCUGUUUUUUUUGCAUGACAUACCUUGCACUCUGAAGAUGGAAGCUGUAAUGAUUUGAUAAUACUGACUAUUGAGGUGAACCUUUAAUCUCUUGUGCAAUUAGUUCUGCUUUACUCAUCUUGAAGUGUCUUUACAUGUACUGUAUAACAUUCCAUAUCCAUUUAACACUAAAUAAAUUUAAUUCACUGGUUUUCUGGUAGCAUGGGAGUAAUUACAGGUGUAGUAUGUCAACCCAUUGUUUUAAAUGUAAGCAUGCACGAUAGUAUAACAAACUACAUCAUUAGAGAGGAAAUUAAUUGCAUUAAAUAGAAAAGCUUUUAAUGUGGAUGAAAAACUGUAAAUACUGUGGAAACUUGUAGUUUGGUAUAUAGCUAACAGCUUUAGCUACUAGUGAAAAUGUUUUAAUAAUAAAUCUGGAAGUAAGCUUCAAUUUAUGCAUUUAAAACUCCAUUAUAUGGCCCAAAACUGAAAAAGAAAACUGCCUUAUGUUGGUUUUGUAAAGUGAAAAGUAACCUGAAAAUUCUUACCUUUCAGAUAACUGCAUAGGUAGCGGUAUGAUACAUACAUGAGCAACAACAAAAGUACUGCUUAGAUCACUUGUAGUAUUGCAAUAAGUAAAUAAUUUUAUUUCAGUAGGACCACUUCUAUGGUAGGAGGUUUCCAAACCAGACUCAUAUAGAGGGUUUAAAUAGAUAUGAGCACUAGAGGGCAGGAAAGCAAAUGUUUAGUAAGAUCAAGGGUGAUGAAAAUCUUUAAAGUAUCUUGGGAGUACAACUUCUAAUAAAAUUGCUUCUGAAAAUUGCACCAAUCUAGGUUGUAAAAAAUUAAAUUUUAACUUUCCAUUCUGCAUUAGUUUUUUAAAAACUAAGUAAUUAGUAUUAAAACAACUGCUGCAACUAAGCAAACUGGAAAUGUUAGGGUUUUUUUCUUAAAAACUUUACUUAUAACUUAGACCUUAGUUCUUAGAAAUUCAAAAAUAAUUUAGCCAGACUCUCCUGUCAUAUACGACUGGAAAACUUAAGAUUAUCCGUACAAUGCAUGUUCAAGAGGUAUGUUGGCACUAAUUUUGAAUGAAAAAUAAGUGUGUAUAAAAGAAGUUGCCCCUGUCUUUUCUACCCUGAACUUGCUCAUUAAACACUGUGCUGUGUGUGUAUAUGAGUACACACCCACGCUUGCUCACUCUCACUCACUUUAUUCACUAAGAAGCUGAGAAAAAGUUAACAAAGUGGCUUUUCCAGCAGACCACCAUUGUCUAGCAGCCUAGGAGCCAUUUCCCUUUCUUCUGCCCAUCUCCUGAACUUAAUGUAAUAAAACAGUUUUUCUCUUUUGCUGGAAACAACAACAGAAUCCCAUGGGUGGCUUGCCUUUUGCGUUCCAGUAAAAAAGUGUAAAGGCUUGAUUUGUGCUCAUCUAAUGCAACAACACAGCUUCAGUGCUCCCACUGAAGUUGCAGUAGGAGGUGGAGGUAGUGUCAGCAAGGGAAGGGCUAUAGUCAAGGGCGUAGAGGGAGGCGUGCGCCUCUUUUGCCCCUCUCCAGCAAGCAUAAGCAGUGGUAAUUCUGAGAGUAUCAAGGGGUUUCUUCCCUCUGCCUGUGGCUCACUAGAUCAGAAAAAGCUGCAGGCAGCCAGAACGGAAUGCAAGAUCAAAAGAAAAAGCAUGUAGAUGACUGGUUUGAAGUUAACAUGUUCUGCCCUAAAAAGGGGCAAGGUUGGUAACUGAGAGAAGACAGACAGGAGGGGAGAGAUAAUAAAAGAACUAGUAACAACUUGUAAAGAAAGAAAGGCAAGUUCUACAAGCACUGAAAACUUACGGUAGGAAUAACUAAUAUAAUUAUUAGGAAUGGCCAAGAUAAUGGUGGUGCAUCAAUUUCCCAACUUAUGUUUGAGUUAAAACAGCAAACAAGCGUUGGUAUGUAGACAUUACAGGGAUUUCAAAAUAGCUCUUCUGGAGAAGAACACACGUGUUUAGGAGGAGGAAGUUACAGCCAAUUCAAAACAUUAGCAUUGGACCUGGGAAAUAAUGUGUGCAAGAAAAAGAAAUAGGAUUUAAAAACUGAAGGCAAAUGUUCUAUACAAUAGUUCUUAAAAACACUGGGUUUUAGAGACAAGCUGAAAAAUCACAGUAGAUCGUAUACCAGUAAAUUAAAGUAUGUUACAUUAAAUUAUCUACCUGGAUUCUGUCUAGUGGUAGGAUGCAUAUGGGGAGGCGGGGGCGUGGAUUUUAAUGCAGCCAGAAAAUUCGAAGGA